AUGGACAGCCCAGAAGUUAUUGUCAUAGGGGCCGGACCUUCAGGCAUUGCCCUUGCGCAUACCUUGAAACACAAACUAGGGUUCAGCGACUUCACAUUUUACGACAAGCUCGAUGGACCCGGAGGCACGUGGCGAUUGAACACAUACCCAGGAGUGGGAUGCGAUGUACCCACGCUUCUCUACUCCUUCUCGUUCAACCAGAAUCCAAACUGGUCAAAGGAAUUAUGCGAGGGGCCCGAAAUACUGGACUACAUGGAAGCAACAGUGGACAAAUUUGAUCUUCGAAAGCACAUGCAGUUUGGCGUUGAAUGUGUUUCCGCAUCCUGGAAUGAAGAGGGGCAUUGGGAAGUUAGACUUCGUGAUACUGCGACCGAUAUCGAAUUUACCAGGACCGCUGCCGUCUUCAUAUCUGCAGUUGGUGGAAUAUCCAAGCCAAGAGAUGUUAAGUUCAACGGCAUGGAGAAAUUCACCGGCGAAGUAUUCCAUACCGCACGUUGGAACCAUCAGUAUGAUUACCGCGGGAAACGUCUCGCGGUGAUUGGAAACGGAUGCAGUGCAGCACAGGUGGUUCCAGCCAUCUCAAAAGAUGCCGGCUUCGUGAAGCAGUACGCUCGAAGUGCGCAAUGGUACCACGAGCGACCCAAUCGAAACUUCACUGGUUUUGAAAAAUGGUGCCUGGGCAACAUCCCCCUUUGGGAGCGCUGGCUUCGCUUGCGACUCUUUCUGGCCAGCGAUAGCCUCGUAGCCACCUACCUACCUGGUCCUGCAGCCGAGAAGCUUCGUGCAAAGACCGAGCGCGGCGCACGCAAGUACAUCUAUGACACUGCACCUAAGAAGUAUCACAAAACUCUUGUCCCGGAUUUUCCUUUGGGCUGUAAGCGACGCAUCUUUGACCCUAAUUACCUCGAAAGCCUCGGUCGCACCAACGUCGAGCUGGCUGCUGUGGGGAUUGAUCACAUUGAUGAAACAAGUGUCACUGGUACCGAUGGUGUUAGAACUGAGUUCGAUGCGAUUGUUUUGGCAACUGGGUUCGAUGUCCAGCAAUUCAUUGUUCCAAUGGAAGUAUACGGGAAAGGCGGCAAAAGCCUACAGAAACAAUGGCUAGAGUCCCGCGGUGCGCAGGCAUAUAUGGGGGUCUACGUGCACAACUUCCCAAACCUCGGUAUACUUUUCGGCCCCAAUACUUUCCCUGCACAUAACUCGGUGCUUUUCGCUUCUGAAGUCCAGGUCGAAUAUCUGGCGCGGACCUUGAUUGCACCGAUCAUUGAUCGUCGAAUCACCUCGCUGGAGGUUAAACCCACGGCCGAAUACCAAUGGGUCAACAAGCUGCAGUCUGAGCUCAAGGGAACUGUUUUUGAAGCCGGGUGUUCGAAUUGGUAUAUGAACAAACAUGGACGUAAUUCAGCGUCGUGGCCGGGUUACGCGUCGACAUAUUGGAAGGAAGCCCUUAUUCCUCACUUUGGCGUUUUCAAAGAGUCAUAUGGGUCGCGGUUGUGGUUCUUCAAUACUAUCUGGCGAUGGAUCCGAACUACCAAUAAGGAGACCUAUGGAGUUCUGCUCCUAGCCUUGGCUGGUGUAGUAUCGCAUCAGAAUGUCGGCUUUUCUCGCGAAUUACCACGCUUGUUUCAUAAUAUUGUUUCGAAGAUUGGUUGA